AUGUUCAUUUACUUACUCAAGCUGACUGAUCAAGAAGAUUUAACCUACGGUUUAUAUAUAUAUUUGACCCAGUUUUGUGGAUUAAUUAAAAUCAUGUGUUUUCUGGUGAACAAUAACCAUUUUCAAAAGUUGAUUGAACGCGCCGAACAUUUUCAGUUGGAGAAUGAAUUCGAAGAAAAAUUGGUACGACAACGCAUUCACUUCUUCUUCAAAGUAGCCGUGUUUUAUUACGCUAUGGCGAUGACAGCCAUCCAUACGACAGAGCUGAUGGCCAUUUUUGCUGAACCGGCUGAAUUGCCAUAUAUCUCAUGGUAUCCGUACUUGGAUUGGGAACACAAUAGACAAGACUAUUGGAUGGCCAUCAUCUAUCAAUACAUCUCCAUCAAUUCAUCCACUCUCUUGAAUAUCACAGUUGACAUAAUGUUCAGCCUACUUCUAUUCAUUCUGAGCAUCGAAAUUGAGCUGAUCGGACUACGAUUUUCUAAAAUGGGUCAUGUUCAUGGAGAAAACGGCCGUUUUGAAGAAGGACCUGAAAGUGAAUUAGCGUUCGAAACAAAGCAAUUUGAUAUACUCAAAAAGAAUAUCAUUUUACAUCGGGAGGCGAUUGCAUUCAAAUGCACGUUAGAAGAAUGCUUAAACUUGCCGUUCUUUGUUCAAAUUUUGGCUAGCGCUUUUGUCAUUGCAUCUAUCAUCAAUGCGAUGGCACAUGAUACACAAUUUGCUCUGCCUUACAUCUUUGGCGCCGUUGCGUUGAUUACGCAAAUUUUCUUACCAUGUUUCUUCGCUAACAAAGUGAUUAUUCAAUGUUCUGAAUUAUCCUACAGAGUUUACGAAUCGAAUUGGAUUGUGAUGUCGAAUUCAAGGCACUUCGGUAUCAGAUUCAAACAGUGUAUCAUGAUUCUGUUUGAACGACUCAAGACUAAUACCGAAAUCAUUGUGGGCAUAAUUAUUCCUCUCAGUCUUGCUACAUUCACUUCGGUAAAACGAAUAUUUACUUUCCCAAUUAAAUAA